AUAUUUAUACGAUCACAACUGCGCUUCGUCUUUUACUAUAGGACAAAACUAAAGCGAGCUCGUAGCAGCUGCUACGACCGCGUAGCACAAUCUAGAACAAAGUUAAUAAAUAAUUAGGAAUACACAACCGCUGUCUACUUUGUGGAAACAUUUUUUGCUAAUGUACGUUUAGUAGCGUACCACGGAUGCCUACAAUAAGACCGUUAAUUUUCAGGAAGUUUACUGUAGGCGGAACGAAAUAUGAAUUCAAUUCCCGCGCUGCUAAUGGAAUAGAGUACCUAUCACAAAAAAAGGGUUGGCGAAGCGCUGGUAAUGGGGAAUUCAACGUUGAUUAAGGUCGUGUUAUGAAAGAAAUCCAAUUAAUUUUGGUCUAGGUUUCAAAUAUUACUUUUAAUCCAGGAGUUAACAAUGAAAGCAAUAAUCAUUGAAAGUGGACGUAUGCCACAAAUAAAGUUAUAUUUGCGAAAGAGGCUAUAAAGGAAGCAAGAAACCUUUAUAAAAGAAUGACUCAUAUUAAUGACAUGUAUGAGUUGAUGAUUAAUGGCAGAACCACUUUAUAAAUCAAUGAAAUAAACUUACAGACGUUAUGAUGGGGCGGCUGUAGACAGUAUAACUUUUUACUGGGUUAGGAUAGGUAAUUGUCUGGGAGUAAGGGCUACAUUUUAAUAAGAUGACGUCGCGUGCAGUCUGGGUGCAGGGUGCAAGCGGGGGGCGGGUGUGCGUCGGCGGCGGGCGCGGGGCGAGGAGUGCACCUGGGCGGCGGCCCACGUGCCCGGGCCGGGCCCGCUCGCUCGCUGCUCAGUCGCCAGCGAGCUUUCCUCGAACGAACAGCGCGCGCCGCCGCCACCCCCGCGCAGCGACAGGUGGCGCCGACGCCCGACGCCCGCAGGCUGCCGGCAACCCCCGCUGACUUCAUCCCCCCCACCCCAACACCAUGAAACUUUAAUGAAACAUUUGCUAAACAAAUUACGGUGUGGUGCCUCGGCGGACAUAGAUAACAGUUUACUAGUGCUGAUUGUUUUCCCAUUCAAGGAUCCUUUGAAAAUGAUAGGCUGUUAAAGCAAACGCCGGUACUGAAAACGAUACUGCAGGGGCAAGAAGUCGCGGCGUGCGCGUGCCAUGCUCGCGCGGACGCGAUGACGCGCACUGCCCGCGGCAUGCCCCGCUGACAUGGCAUUCAGCCGCUUCGCGCUACUGACGUUGGCAACUCUUGCAGCAAUCGGGUGUUGUGUGUGCGCGCCGCAAGGCAGCGCGCAAGGCGGAGUGCAGGGCGGCGCGCAGGUACCGCCGGGCGUGCCGCACUCCACCGCGCCGCCCGGCCACGGCGGUGUCCGCAGAUUCAGUCAGUAUUCCAGAGGGCGAGGAUACCGCGACUGGCGCACUCGUGGAGACCCCACGCUCAUCAACUCACUCUGGCGCAGUCGGCAACCACUCGGUAUCCGGAAACAACUUGGGAACGCAGAAGUGUACAUAGUGCUGGCCCUGCUGAUCGGGUUUGUGACGGUAGUGGUGGGGUGCUGGCUGUCGGACAACUGUUGGUCGCCGGAGCCGGAGGACAUCCUGGCGGGCGGCUGACCCGUGGCGGC